AUGGCUUACGCUCAACCCCAUCCAAGGCUCUCCGUCGUCUCCAAUUCUUCACAGUCUUCUUCCACAGAUCAUCUGUCUCCGACAACGUCUACUCGCUUCUCACUGCCUUCCGCUCCCUCUCUCCAUGCACCCUCCAACAAGGCUGGCCCAAACAGACCCAAUAUCUACGACCGCAAUCUGAACAAAACUAGAGGCGCAGAAGUCUCUUCAGCCGCCUUCGCCUUUCUGUUCUCAGAGAUAAUUCAGUAUACCCAAAAGAGAGUUAGUGGUAUAAAUGAUUUGGAACGUCAAUUGAACACACUUGGGUACAGAAUUGGUUCUCGAGUCCUUGAGCUAAUGAUCUGGCGCGCCGAAGGCUCCUCCAAAGCACCAAAGCGCGAGAUCAAGCUCUUGUCGGUGCUCGUAAUGAUUCAUGCACAAGUAUGGAAAGCUGUGUUCGGUAAGGCUGCCGACGCGAUUGAGCGAAGCGUAGAGAAUCCAGAUGAAUAUAUGAUCAUUGACAACGACCCGCCUAUUGAACGACACAUAUCCGUUCCCAGAGACAUGAGCCAAUUGAGUUGCUCAUCAUUCACGGCCGGUAUUGUAGAAGCGGUCCUAGACGGUCUGUCCUUCCCUGCGAGAGUCACCGCGCAUAAUACACCCAUUGCACAAUUUCCGAAUCGGACAACAAUUCUGAUCAAACUGGAAAAAUCUGUUUUGGAACGCGAAGAACUGUUAAAAUGA